AUGGACACCAAAAUGGAAGAUGUCGGGAAAUCCCCACCGGCCCCCGCCAUACCUGUUGCCGAAUCCUCCUCUUCGUUUGGACAGUUGGACGGAUGGAUCGAGACCUUGAUGCAGUGUAAGCAACUGAGCGAGAUGGAUGUGCAAAGGCUUUGCGAAAAGGCUAGAGAGAUUCUUCAAGAGGAGUCGAACGUUCAGCCAGUGAGGUGCCCUGUAACGGUGUGUGGUGAUAUCCACGGUCAAUUCCAUGACUUGAUGGAGUUAUUCCGGAUCGGCGGGCCCAACCCCGACACCAACUACCUUUUCAUGGGUGACUAUGUUGAUCGUGGAUACUAUUCAGUGGAGACAGUCACUCUACUUGUCGCCUUAAAGAUUAGAUACCCGCAGAGAAUUACUAUCUUGCGAGGUAAUCACGAAUCGAGGCAGAUUACGCAGGUGUACGGUUUCUAUGACGAGUGCUUGCGCAAAUACGGAAACGCCAAUGUCUGGAAACUCUUCACAGAUUUGUUUGAUUUUCUCCCCCUGACCGCCUUGAUUGAUAAUCAAAUUUUCUGUCUCCACGGAGGUUUAUCUCCUAGCAUUGAUACCCUUGACAAUAUUCGUGCGCUGGACCGCAUUCAAGAAGUGCCCCACGAAGGGCCUAUGUGCGACUUGCUUUGGUCUGACCCAGAUGACCGCUGUGGUUGGGGAAUAUCCCCUAGAGGAGCUGGUUACACAUUUGGGCAGGAUAUCUCUGAAGCGUUUAAUCAUAAUAAUGGCCUCACUUUGGUAGCGAGGGCGCAUCAGUUGGUAAUGGAGGGUUAUAAUUGGUCGCAAGAUCGUAACGUUGUUACAAUCUUCUCCGCGCCCAACUACUGUUAUAGGUGUGGUAACCAGGCGGCGAUCAUGGAGAUUGACGAGCAUCUCAAAUAUACCUUCCUACAGUUUGAUCCUUGCCCAAGAGCAGGCGAACCAAUGGUUUCGAGGCGCACACCGGAUUAUUUCCUUUAG